AUCCACUGGGUCCUGAAUGCCCACACAUUAUUAGCAGGAAACUGAUGAAGAAUUUCACUUCACUGACCUACAACAAUGGCAGUGUCCAGAAUUUAAUCUCUGCAUCAAUGAAGGCUAAAAUCGCAGCAUAUGUCAUUGCAUUGGCUCUGCAUGUUAACAACUUCCAAACAGACCUCACCGUCCUGCAGAAUGACCUGAAGCUGCAAGAAAGCAGGAUGAUGGACAUCGCAAAGGCCAUGAGGUUGAAGAUCUCCAAAGGAAAGGGACUGCUGAGACUUGAGAAUGAUCAAAACCACAAGCUGGGCACUCUGUCUCUCCCCUUGCCUGUGCAGAAGACAUCAGGGAGCCAAAGGAAGCGCAAGAAAAUUAACUGA